ACAGUGAUUUUUCUUGGGUUGACUGUGAUUGCGGCAUCCUGUAAACAUUAUAACACCUGAAUCAGGCAGUCAUUAUUACCCCUUACUUCACCUUACGAGGAACACAUGUAAAAGAGAAAUUUAUUAAAGUGGGAGGAGUUCGGUGAUGCAAAAUAGUAGUAACAUAAGACAGAGGUUCCACAUGCUAACUUGCCGUUGUCUUACAUACCGGCCCAAAACGCCCUUCCAGAAUUCCACCAGCACCGCUGUCACUAGUGUAACGGUGAAGUUUACCAUAUCAGGAGUUCCCAAGUACCCCAAAUGAUAUCACUGUUAACGUUGCCACAUCAUUAGGACUGAAAAGCCACGUGACUCGAAUAAGCUACGUCCGUAAAUGAUCUGUCAAUAGGAUAUGACAAAAGCGGAACUUCCGUGUACUUAAAAUAAGCAACGUGACGUUCAAGUCCAAGGACUUCAAGUAUUCUAUUCUCCAAGGGCCUAAUCUACCUCCUCCAAAACAACGUCAUUAAAAAGAAUGGUCAAUACAUUUAGAUGUUAUAAUGCAGCGGUAUGCUAAUUAAAAAGUGAGCGAGCUUUCCUUUAAAAAGGUACUCUCUCAUGUUUUAACCCGACCAUGUUCCCGAGUGAAAAGGUUAGAAACCUUGCAUGCAGUGGCUCCCAGGACUAUUUGCUUUGCUUCAUCAACCAUGACUGACACAUGAUCUGUUUGUAGAAGUGCUGUUUGUCGAAGCGGAAGUCUAGAUAUAGAGCUUGCUUACUUGCUUUGCUUACUUUCUUUGCACAAUCGUGGCCGCAAUAUGGCAGUCAAAGGUAUCAUACUUCUGCUGGAUCUAUAUUUUCUACUUUGCCGGGCCGAUGAAGGCAUCAACUUCACUGUGUCUGUAUUUGAAAAUGCCAAGAUUGGAACAAGUGUUGUCAGUUUGCCGAAGAUGCUGGGAGAGGAGAAAGCGGAACUUCCGUGUGUGAUGUUGGACGGGGAUCGCUAUGGCCGCUUCUCUGUGAGUACGAACUGUACAGUUGUGGUGGCCAGGCCGCUGGACUGGUCAGUACAGUCGGAGUAUCUUUUAAAGCUUCGUGUCGGAGGGCUCCAGGACCCUGGUCACCAUGUCGUCAGGAUCAAAUUAAAUGUGAGAAACGUUUCGGGCUAUCCUCCUGUGUACAACGAGACGUGUGAAACACCGAUCAAUCUUACUGGGAACCGGUCUAAUGAAUUUCAAUUCAGUAUUUCGCUGAGUGCAGAAGCCGAGACAGCUGCCGGAGAUGUUGUUUCUUACGAGACGACAAUUAGCAAACCUUUUGAGAGAUGGAAAAUGGACGACAAUUCUAAGCUUGUAAUCACAACAGAUAACAACUGUCAGGUUCGUAUGGCAUUCGCAGUCCGUAAUCUUAAAGACGUAGCCUUUGAGUCAGGACAGUGGAAGAGGAGAGAGAAUUCGUACCAGGUCCUAUCAUGUCAUGCUGAAUCUGAUGACAUACUGUCAGAACUGUCAAUAGAGCUUUUCGAUCACAAAAAUCACCGGGAAGACUUGCGUUACUUAGAACAACAGAUCCCUCAGGCGAUAGAAAAACUUCAGAAUCCGAUUUUGAUAUGGUUACUUUCCUUUGCAUUUCCAACAAAAAGCAAAACGCGCUAUGUUUGCCAAUUUCUGACACUGCUGGAUCCAUUCGAAAUUUCCCAUAAACAAUUUGGAAGAAACGUCAUUGUGCAUGUUGAAACCCUAACAUUAGAUUUCACGCCGGUCGGAUGCGGUCCAGGUAAAUAUGGCAUUCUUUGUGAUCAGAUCUGCAUCUGUAAGAAUGGAGCCCGUUGCCAUGGCUUCAAUGGUGCCUGCAAAUGUACAGCUGGGUGGCAAGGUGUCGCCUGUGACAUUCCAAAGCCUGGUGUUUCUGUAACAACGAUACCUAGCGACCUUUCUGAUAUCUACAUUUCCGCUAACGUCACUGUUCACUGUCAAGUCCAUCACGUCAGUGCCACAAUGUUAGCAUUGCGACUUCCAGACGGAUCAGAGAUUGCUAGGAGUAAUGCUACUCGAUUAGAACAAACUCUUUUCAACCUACAGUCAAGAGACAAUGGUCCCUACAAGUGCCGGGCUUCCGACGCCGAUGGAAAUGUCUUCAAUGCAACCAUUGUACUUGACAUUGCCAAGUGUCCGCCCAAUAGAAAAGGCGAGCUUUGUGACGAAGCUUGCGACUGCCUCCAAGGCGCGACCUGUGACUGGCGGGCUGGUUGCGUCUGUCCCCCGGGGUGGACGGGAACCAGGUGUCAGGCAACCUGCCCGAACGGAACCUUCGGCGAGCGGUGCCUGAAGAAGUGCCGCUGCCGAAACGGUGCGAGCUGUAGCCCUAGCGACGGCAAGUGUACCUGCACGGCAGGCUGGUACGGACUGUGGUGUGACGUACCCUGUCCGAGAUACAGGCACGGCCUGGGAUGCCGAUUGACCUGCACCUGUAAGAACAACGCCACCUGCGACAACGUGGACGGCAGCUGCACGUGCGUGGCGCACUGGACAGGGAAGAACUGUGACGAAAAGCAAGCAGAGCCACUACUAGAGAGCCUUGUGCCAAUCGGAUCCAUGAUCGUACUGGCCGGUUGUGUAGCGACAAUAAUAAUGCUGUACAAAAGGAAACAGGUGUGCGGCAGGGAGCCCGAUAGAGAUGGAGAGACCGAAGCUCUACUGCAGCUGGAGCAGGUUUGUUGGUUUGUUUGUUCAUCAAGGAGACUCCAUUAGUGCUGAAAUACAUCCACUACUCUUC